UGUGCGUAUUCAAUCCCGGUCGUCUUCCUCGAUUCUAUUAUCCACCAGUCGAUAAUGUUACACGAAGGUGGACGGUCUUUCCGCCCGACGCAGCACGCCUAACGUUGCCAUUACGUAACGCGUCGUGCGAUAACGCAGGCGGCCGUGGUUCCUUCGGCGAUGUGACGCUCGAUCGUACGAAACACGCGGGGCCUACUCGAUUUCGCUAAAUCGGUAUCCACGACGACGAGAGAGAAUACGAGAAAAACAGACUGUACUUUGGUAUCGACCCGAUAAAUCGAGACGGGGGGAAAAAAUCAACUUCGGGGCGGUUUAUAUCGAAUCGUGGUCAGAAAAUAAAGAAAAAAAUAGUUCGGGAUCGGGAUUGAUAAUAAUGGUGCCGCUCUAAGCGCGACAAAUACGCGAGGGUCCGUCGAAAGUGGCCGAUGAUAAGAGGGCCGGUCGUAUCGGGGGUGGUUUAAAAGGAAAAUGGGCAAGAGCAGAACCCGCAAGACUAGGUGGCGAGCACUGGACAUCGCAGACGCGGAUCGAAGUGACAGCGAGGAAUCCAACACCAAUUCGUCGGCCAUAUCGAGUCGCUUCAACGGCAGCUACCACCAGACCUCCGCCAGAUACUACGGCAGAUAUUCGUAUUCCAGUCAGUCGACGCCGCGCAGGAAAUACCAAUACGACAGCAGUACCAAGAGUACCAGAUCCAGCAGUACCACCAGCGAGACCAAGAUCACGUUCAACGACGAUGAGUACACACGCAUCACGACCCCCCGACAGGACGUCCUAUUCAAAAAAGGUUACCUGAACAAACCGAAGGCGUACCAGACGCAAACGUCGACGGGAAACUCGACAGUUUCCACGGGAAAUUCCACUGAAAACGGCACGCCCGAUCACCAGUCGGCAGAUUUGGACUAUGAAUCUCAGUUUGUGUUUCCCAACGGAUUCGUCGAUCAAAAUGGAAUUUACUACGUGAACAGCUACGACUAUCCCCUGAUGUUGUUCAAUCCACCGACUUACUACCACGAGUUCCUGGACAGCAAAGCCAAACGGUACAGCACGGGAUCAUUGACCGAGUCGACGAGCCCGAACAAUGAGGAGGCGACGAGCCAGGAUUUGAGCCAGAGCGGCGGCGAAACGUCCAACAACGUUUCGGAUUACGCGGGGCAGCCCCUCUUCAACAUCGUCUACCCGGGGUACUACGUCGAAGGCCCGGCCGGUCCCCCGAACGGUACCGCGCCCCCGCCCCCCGACCGACCCGAACUAAUCCCCAUCGUCUUCUCACCCGCAGAUUUAACGAAGAACUCCCCCGCGCCGCAACCCUCCGAACCCGUCGCGAAGAAACUGAAGAAACGACGCGAACGGAACACGUCCAAGACGAUCGUCGCGGACGAAUGUUCGUCCGACAAUUCGGACGAACGUUCGUCCGACGAGGUGACCUCGAAGGAUAAAACCGAAGAAACCACCACCCCACCCAAGACUGACGAAAAUAUCGCAAAGACUGAAGACGAGGAACCGCCGCAACAAAAGUACUGCCUAAAACCGGACGCGGAAGAAUUCGUGCCCAGGUCGUACCGCCAGGGUUUCCGCGCGCCGCCGCAACCGCCCGCCGCCAUAUUGCCGGCCAAUUUCGUUCCGGUCCCGAUAGUACCGUUAAACGAGUACGGCGCCCCCGCCGCCGCCGCCGCCUUCAUCCCUCCGGGGAUACCGAUAAACUUCUUGCCCCAUCCGGGACAGAAGAUGUUCCACCCGGCGCCGUUCUUCCCGCCUCCGCCGUCACCGCAAUCGCCGCCCCACGAAGCGAAAAACGAAGAACCGAGGCAGAACGAUGGCCAAGACAAGCACAUAAACGUCAUAGAUAUCGAGACGAUCGUGUCGAAGCUGGAGGAGGCCGCCAAAGAACAAGAAGAAGAAGCAGAUGGCGUACCGAAAUCGACCAACAAAACACCUUCCAACUUGAACCAUCGGUCGCCAUUUAAGAGGAACCACUAUAAUGGCAGGUACCGUCGCGGCUCGCCAAUGAGGAACGGAGACUUGCAAGAGCCGGUACCGGCGAAACCACCCGCGACCAGGGCCCAAAGGAGUUGGGUCCCGAACGGGUACCAUAAUCAAAAGCACCAAAACGGGUUCGCGAGUCCCAAACGUAACGCGCCUGCCGGUAAAAAUUAUUCAGAAAUGCUCAAAAAAUCACCGCCCAAUGUCGGAAAGCAACGCACCACCGCCACCGCCACGGAGAAGACUCCCGUGAAAUCGGCCAGCAACAGUAUUUCCCACGCGCCGAACCAGUGGAUCUCCGUGUCCAGCAGGAAAAAGAAGAAAGGCAAGAACUCGGAAGAGCCUUCUAUGCCUCAAGACGACGAAGGCUCUCGGGACGACGGUUUCGAGGCGUACGACGUGACCCUGUUGGAGGACGUGGUACCGUCGAAAGCCGAGGAACCCGAGCGAAAGGAAGAAAAUGAGAGAAAUCAAAUCGAUGAAAUUCUGAUGACUUUGGCACAAAAAAUAGCGAGCUCUACGAACGCGGAGGUAGCGAUGAUGGAGGUGAGCGAUAUCGAGAAGCACAUGCUCGUGAAAAUGGAACCGGAACCUCCAAGGGAACGCGAAGUUGAAACCAACGAAAUCCCUGCCUCCUCGGAAGAAGAGGAAGCGAGGAUCAAAAAGAAAUCGAAGAGGCCCGCUCAAAAGACGGCCAUCAAAAAGGUGAUCAUCACGGACGUGGAUUUUUCGGACGCCGUCAAGCCUCAAGUGAAAACCGUCAAACCCCAGGUCACUCCUCCCGAAAAACCGGCUCAACCCGAGGAACAAAUCGCAGUGGAGCCUCGAACGGAAGAGCCCGCGGUGACGGAAAAGAGGUCGAAGAAGAAGAAGAAGAGCAAAAUGCCGAAACCCGAAACUAAAGAUGUUCCGACCAAGUCGGAGGAAGCGUCGUACGAUUUCCUUAUGGAGGAGAGCCUCCUCGACGAGAGUUCGGACAAGACGAACCUGGAAGUGUCGUUGGAGUUGGACAAGCUCAUCCGGAAGGGCAUGUACAGCAAUCUAAAGGAGCGAAUCGAAUCGUGCAAUAUAGACGCGGCCGAGGACACGUUCUUCCGCACUCUGCGGACGACGACGACCGACAAGCGUCCGACGAAGACGCCAGACUUCAACCGGAUAUUCCAGAGCACGAGGCAAUUCCUGAAGCCCAACUCGGUAAGUGUUGAAGAACGACACGGAGCCGGUAGAGGCGACGAUAUUAACGAAACUGUCGAUCCAGACGUUGCCGAUUCGGCCUCUGGAUCUUUUUUAGAGGGAAACCUCGAAACUGAAGAGCCUAGCACCAUUAACGAUAUAGACGAUGAUAAGACGACGAAAGACGAGGACUCCAAGAAGCUCUAUCCCAUUACCGAGGCGGUAAAGGAGUGGAUGAGCAAAACUAGAGAGGCCACGCCCGAGGUAGAGCUCCUCAAGAGUCCAUCGACGAUCAUUAAGGAGUUCGGCCUCGGAGACGACCCCCUAGAGAGCCAAACGAACAGUUCGGACGAGGAAAUCACUCUGUUUUCCUCGGAUGAGGCGAGUCGCAAGAACAGCGACCUACAGCAGCAACAAGACCUCUUGGAGUUCUGGGAAGACGAUAUCCCCGACCAACACGUGGGCUGCGACGACAACAAAUGUUGCGAGAAAUGCUCGAAAAGCGAAAUCCGACAUGGCGACGAGGUCUUGGAGGUGUACGAGAGCAAAUACGGCCGCGGCGAGGCCUACCUCAACCUCCAGACGCGGACGAAAGACGAGCAAGGAAAAAAUUCGCCCUACCGCGCCGUCUGCUGCAGCCUGCAAUAAACGGAGGUCGCCCUUCUUUAUUUUCGCCACCGGCCGCCCGGGAACUGAACUCCGAUGGCGGGCGGUCCCAAAAAAUUGGUUUCUAGAAUACUAAGACGCGAUUCAAGCCCAAAGUGCACCGUAGCAAUCGCAAAACGCAAUAAACUACGCUAAAGUUAGGUUAUGUCGCGCGCGCGCCGUCGCCGCUUGUUGAAAAUUAAUAAAAAUAAAUGUCGGGCGAAAAUUCGCGGGGCGCCCGACGCGGUUUGUAAUUUUUAAGAUUUUUUUUUUAAAUUGUUACGAUCCUUAAACAGGUGUUUAUAGUUCUUGUUAACUUAGUAAGUAGGGUAUCAUACAGCAAUGUGCCAUUUACCAUUUGAACGUAGGCGUUUCACGAUAUUUUAGUCGAUUUUUGUUUUAUUUUUUUUUUCGCGUUUACUAGUAACAUAUUAUACCUCUUUAGGCGAUUAAUUGACGUAGGAAACGGUCGUUUUGCUCACGAGUUUAGUCGAGGCAGGCGUUAUGUGACUUCAUAUUUUCGUCUCGCAGACCCUUUGGUCACAAAUGGCGUCGACCAUAUAUUUUUAUUUGGUCAUCUUUUCUUCUUGGAUCACAAUGUCGUACCUAUAUGCACUUAGGAUCACGUCGACUUUGUAUUUUGGCUUGGCAGAAUUCAACCCUUUGUUUACAAAUGGCAUCCACAAUACAUUUUUACUUAUCCAUAUUUUCUUCCUGGAUCACUAUGUCCCUAUAUGCACUUAGUAUGAUAUUUUACAAUAUUUUCCUGAUCUACGCCAACUUGUCAAACCAAUUUCAUCUUUAUAUUCGGCCCCAGGGCCAAUUUUAAAAGAAUCUGAAACACUGACUUCAGAGUUUGCGACAUAUCCUAGCAAAAUAUUUAGGAUAUUGAAUUUACUAACUAAAUAACUAAAUAUGAACAGAGGAAUCAUGCAAGGGGAUUCUGUCAUAAUGGAUAGCAUUCUAGAAAAACUGCCAUAACAUUGAUUGGGAGAAACGGUGAACAUCAAGAAGAUGGAUGACAACUUCAAAUUGAUACGAAAUCCUUUGAACAGGUGAAAAGCUUCUCAUAUUUCUAGAUGCCUAAAAGAUAUUAUAUGGAGGCACAUAUAUCUAUACACUGAGAGCAAAGCAACUACUAGAUUUAGUUAAACCUAUAUUAACCUACACGACAGAGCGAGAAAUGAAGUUGAAUCCAAAAUGUGAUCAAUUGGAUUAAAAUCAAAUGAUAAAAAAUAAAAAUGAUAACGAACAAUAUACUUGUCAAAAGAUCCAUCAGGAUAGGCUUUACUAGAUAACCAGGCGAUAGCCAACCGUGUUGACAGAAGAACUUGAAUUUGUCUUUUAGGGUUUGAGAACACUUGCCUGGUCGCGUUUAGAAACAGCUCAUAGAGCACAAGCAUUAUUCCUAAUACGAGUAAAUAACCUGUUUGAAAAUGUUAUCUGGAAAAGACUCUUAAGCUUCAGCAACAUAUCUGAACAUUUUUUUCUCUGAUCUUGCAAUGCGAAUAUAGGUACUACAUAACGAUCAGUAGUAAAAACUCAAUUGCUUUGAGAAGUUCUUUUGAUUAUUGUCAACAUCGGUCCCAAAAUUCCUACUCACUCUAAUUGAAAUGCAGGGAAAAAGUGAGGUUCUCUUCUUCUAGUUUCUAUGGGGUGGCUUCUCGUGCCACCAAAAUUCCUCUUCCACAAAAGGGUGUACCCCUAAGGUACGUCCGGAACUUAGUGUUCAUGCCGCUUGCGGGAAAGUAAAGUUAUGCUCGACAAAUAUUUGUUAAAAACUAGAUAAAUAUAAUUAAAAAUUAUGCGAAUUUGCGAAUGAAGUUAGGACGGAGAAUUGCGAAAUAAAAAUAGGAAGUUGCGUAAUCGCCACCACAUACUUUCAAGUAGCUUUUAAGUUUGUUCGAGUAUUAACUGACAGGUUUUGAAACGGCAUCCGCGUGGGGUCGUUGAAAUUUAAAAAGACAAAAUACGUAUGGACCGGGUGUGCACGAUUCACGCUACAAUUUUCCUUAAUAAAAUAAAUAUAG